UUUAGGGUGAGCAGCCUCUGAUGGUAGCCGAGGAAGAAAGCGGAUACGUCACAUGAUGGAGAGGCGCAACCAGCCAGCAGUAGCUGCUUCCCCACUAAUCACAAAACAUUAACCAGCUACUACACAGGCUAACUUGGACAGCCAUCUGCCUUUCAUCCUCCUUCCGAAUUAAAACGCCGAGAAGAGGAGACGCAGAGUUCAUAGGCGGUGCAAAACGGAGAACAAGAUCACCGUCACACGCGGUUAUCGUAGCCCCUUGUUGCAUCCAGCUGGCACCGUCAUUUGGAAAAGCGGCGAAGCCCACGGUUGGGAACUAUACCUUGGCUAGCAGCGGGCUAGCCAGCUUGCUAGCUGCUAACUUUGCUAACGGUAGUUAGCUAGCUAGCGAGCUGUAAUAAGUUACGUCAUGGAGGAGCUGGUUCUGGAGGUGAGAGGGACAAGUGGAGCCUUUUAUAAGGCUUUUGUGAAGGACGUCCAUGAGGGAUCAGUCACUGUAGCAUUUGAAAACAAUUGGCAGCCGGAACGUCAGAUCCCGUUUCAGGAUGUGCGCUUCCCUCCUCCGACAGGCUUCAGCAAAGAGAUAAAUGAGAGCGAUGAAGUCGAGGUAUACUCCAGGGCGAAUGACAAAGAGCCAUGUGGAUGGUGGCUGGCCAAGGUUCGCAUGGUCAAAGGAGAGUUUUAUGUGAUAGAGUACGCUGCAUGCGACGCCACGUUGAACGAGAUCGUAACGCUGGAGCGGUUACGGCCGGUCAACCCUAAUAAACCAGCCACUAAAAACACCUUCGUUAAGAUCAGGCUGGAUGUCCCAGAAGAUCUGCGACAGAUGUGCUCCAAGGAGUCGGCACACAAAGACUUUAAGAAGGCCGUCGGGGCGUUCAGUGUCACCUUCGACUCGGAGAAAAAGCAGCUGGUCAUCUUGUCAGUGAAUGAGGUCACAACAAAGCGGGCCAACAUGAUGAGCGACAUGCACUUCAGGAGCCUCCGCACCAAACUGUCGCUCAUGAUGCGGAACGAGGAGGCCAGCAGGCAGCUGGAGAGCUCCAGACAGCUGGCGUCUCGGUUUCAUGAACAGUUUGCGGUUCGGGAUGAUUUAAUGGGUCUGGCCAUCGGGACUCACGGGGCCAACAUUCAGCAAGCGCGUAAAGUUCCUGGAGUCACCAACAUUGACCUGGAUGAAGAGACGUGCACCUUCCACAUAUACGGGGAGGACCAGGAUGCUGUCCGAAUAGCCAGGAGUUACCUGGAGUUUUCUGAAGAUAUCAUCAAAGUUCCCCGAAACCUAGUUGGAAAGGUGAUCGGCAAGAACGGCAAACUGAUCCAGGAAGUGGUUGAUAAAUCUGGUGUGGUGAGGGUUCGAAUUGAGCCUGAGAACGACAAAAAGCCCUCGGCAGCGGCGGCGGCAGCAGCAGAUGAGGGAAUGGUUCCUUUUGUGUUUGUGGGGACCAAGGAAAGUAUUUCCAAUGCGACGGUGCUCCUGGACUAUCACCUCAAUUACCUAAAGGAGGUGGAUCAGUUGCGCCUGGAGCGCCUUCAGAUUGACGAGCAGCUGAGACAGAUAGGAGGUGGAGGUGGAGGGGGGGGGACAGGUCCCCGAAACCCCAAAGAUAAAUCCUAUGUGUUCGAUAACGGUAUGGGGAUGGGAAUGGGAAUGGGCAGAGGAGCAGGAGGAGGAGGAAAGCCCUAUGCAGGAGGAAGAGGUGGUCGAGGCCGGAGAGGGGGAGGGGCGGCGUUCACCUCAGGUACCAACUCAGAGGCGUCCAAUGCUUCAGAGACAGAGUCAGACCACAGAGAAGAGCUCAGCGACUGGUCCCUCGCCCCCACCGAGGAGCUGAUGACAGGAGGCGGGUCUCUGCCCAGACGGACAGACGGGAGAAAACGAGCUGGGGGUGGAGGUCUGAGGGGACGUGGAGGGAGAGGGAGAGGAGGGGGAGGAUAUAAAGGUGAUGACAUGCAGUGGGGCGAGCCAAGACUUCGUCAUGUAAGAGAGUCUAAGCCAAGAGGCCAGGAAGAUUCGCUACAGAUUCGUGUGGAUGGAAACAAUGAGCGUAGCGUCCAGCAUUCGUCAGGUGGGCGAGGAGGUGGGCCUUCCUCGUCCCAGAGCGGCAUCGGAGGGGAAGGCCAGUCCCGCCAUCAUCAUCAGAGACCCAUGAGAGAUCGAGUGAUGAAGAAGGACAAACAGGACGCUCCUGCACUGGUGAACGGAGUGUCGUAGAUCCACCGAUGGAGGACCUUCUCUCACACACACUCAAAUACACACACAUACACACACACACACACACACAGGCAACUUCUCAUACACCAUCUUACAAUCUCUGGCGUUUUUCUUUUUUCCUGUCUUUGUCACACACAAGAGGACACACAUUUCCAUCAGCAUGGAAAUAUUCAGUGAAGUCUUAAACCAGAGGUUGUCUGCUUUGCUCCUGCCUGGUGUUGUCUCCUGUUCUUUGGAAUGAAGAAACUGGACGGUUUUUGGACUAGAGGAAAAGAAGGUUUUGACAAAAGCUCCUCUGUCACAGAAGCAUUAGCUGGAGAAAAGCUUCCACUUGACUAUCAAAAUCACAAAAAUGUUUUUCUCCCGCUCCAUUCAGACGCUCGCAGGAAGAAACAGAAAUGUAAACAAAUGAAGACAACGAGAGAGAUCUGUAGAAAUAAUUUCAGCCAUUUAUCUACAUACACUUUAAAUAUUUAUACUGAUGAUCACAGUCUAAGCUGUGUUCAGUGUAUUCCCACCAGUGUAGAAACAUGUUUUAUUGGUCUAAAACUCCAAAAUCCAACAUUUUAAAGUCUGCUGCAACACGAGACCAGAUUUAUAAAGAUUACUCUUUCAACAAAGUAGCAAAUCUGAGAUUUUUAAGUGUCACCUCAAAUAACCUGUACAUGGGAGAUGUGUUGUAGUGGGGAAAAUGUUUGCAGAUGGCACUUUACUUUUGUUUUGUACCUUUUCACACUGAAAUACAAAUAGGAAUGCACUCCUAAAGCGAAGCUCUACGUGAUGCUGUUAUUUAAAAGGCCUGUGUUUCAUUUGAUGCCUAAAUAUUGUAAACUGUCAAACCCAUUCUGAAACAUACAGACAUGAAUCUGAGGCCCUUUGGUGUGAAUCAUCUGUUUAAAAGCAAACUAAGACACAGCAGGAGCUUCCAGAAGUCUGGCUGUACUACAUCAAUAUCAACUGUCAUUUUGUUAAAUAAAUGCUCCACGUCUCUUGUGAGCAGAUCACUAAUAUGAGAAAAAAGGUAAAACCACGGACUCAUGGCUCCGGCCUGUAAAACAGAAUAUUCAAACAGGGAUGAUACUCUGAUAUGGCGUCAUCGCAGCACACCUGCACUGGUUUUGGCUAUACUGCACUGAUUCACAGUGGUACUAAAGAGCUGUUAGGUGAAGGCUCUAACCUGCAUUUACUUUGGGUCUUGCCUCCAUUUACUUAGAUUAAACAAGUCAAUUUAAGUGGAGGGCAAGUAAAAUAGUUCAAACAGGAAUGUUCUCCUGUUUAACUUAUGAAUUCAUCAAGUCUAUUCAUUUCUAAAUGUUUCUGUCUAACUGUAGAUGAAAUAUCAGUUGCUUUGGUUGAGGUUUUACAUCUGGUUGACCAGCAUAUUUGUGAUCUAUCCAUUUCCUAUUUACCUUUUCUUAAAAAUCACAUUUUGGCUGCAUCUUGUAUAUGAAGAUGCAAACAGCUAUGAGAAAGUCAGUGAAGCGGUCAUUAUGUGCCUGUGAUUUUCAUAAACUGUGAGAGCUUCUUGUUCAGUCAGUAUGAGGCUUCCUUUUUGUUUGUGCUUUGGGUUUACGUUCCUCCUUGUCUGUACAUUUAUCUCAUUUUAAGGAAAGAGUCAUCAGCAUAAUGACAUGUAAUGGAGAUUCUGUGAUUCCUCAUGGGAGAAAUGGCUGUUUAAAAAUUAAAGAAGUCCACUAGAGUUUUUCACAUGAUGAAGGUCAAAACAAUGUGACAGCUUUGAACUGUUUUCAUGAUGCAUUUUAAUGUUGUAUUCGCUGAUUUUUGAGAAUGAUUAGCAUGAAAGAGGUCAGUACAGUUUAGCUGGCGAGAAAGCCUUAAAGAUUAAUUUACUGUCAUUUUUUUCUAUUAAAGUCCCUAAUUCAAACUGGCUGUAAUAAUGGACAUGGGCUGAUAUAGUUAUAGGUGUUUUUGGUUUCAUGGUUUAAGAAAAAAAUGAUUAGAAGUUAAAUUAUCAGCAUCUUGGAAAGCACAGAAAUGUUCUUAAUCUGUGAAUCCAUAGGCUUUUUCUCAUUUAACACAACCCUCUGCUUUCCUGUGAUUCUCAUUGAAGAAUAUGGUGGCAUUUUUCAAGUCACCUAACUGUAGACUUGGUAAAGUUUCAUAAGAAAGAAAGUUUAGGCAUAACUAAUACUGAAGCCAGGAGACAGUAAGUGGCUCUAAUGAAACCUUUGAAUAAGGAAAGCUGCACAUCGCACGUUUCUCACCUUUUUGGCCUACUUAACAAAUCUUCCUAGAAGCAGAAGUUCUUUUGUCAGAAAUCUUAAAAAGAAACUUAAUUUUUAAGGAAAGUCAACAUUUUUGGGCUCCAAGGCAAGUGUCCCUGAUACCUAAAUGCAUAGGGGAAAACUUAAGUCCAUUUCGUGACACGUGCCUUCGAUUGCGGCUUGCAUCACAACCUAGACAUAAAUCAGGGAUCGAGGAUUUCUCAGUAGUCCUGGUGUCUCGAUGUUCAACAAGAACUCACUUGUGCGUUUCUCUGCCUUCUGCUCUCUAAGCUUCGGCUAAAGUCUGACAGCAGGGCAUCAUGAGUCUGGUGGUUUCAGAACAUCAGGAGGUAGCGUCUGUAACCACCUGACCUGAAGGUGUAUCGUAGUGCAGUUGACAGACUGACGCCUGUAGCUCAUGACCCAGUCCAGAGGAUCUGUGAAAUUCUGUGCUGGUUUUGAGUGGCUGCUUAUGCAACGCACAUGCACCCUUUUAAAGUUUCAUUUCUGGGUGUAAAGUAGUAAGUGAACUUACUCCUAACGCCACUUUAAAACCUGAUAAAUGAACCGAAGAGGUGGCUGAGGUUAAGCCAGGUCUUCACACGUGGUUUAUGUAGUUUUUUUUUUUUUAAAUCUUGCAUUGCAUGAACAUUUUUCAUCUGGACUUAAUACGUUUAGUAGAGUUUGACAUAAUUUUUAAAAUAGGUGUCAUGAGCUGAAAGCGUACACCUUAGAGCCAUUGGCACGUAGAACUUAUACAACGCUUUAGGAUAUGGUGACAUGAGUAAUGAAUCAUGAAACAGGUUCUGUUUUUCCAAGUCUUUUUUUCCCAUUUAAAAUAGGUAUAAUGUAUGUCAGUUUCUCCUUCGCUAAUGUUAUGACUUGGUUUUCAGUUGUUUACACCGCUACCACCUUGCAUUUAGUUUCUCCAAUAAGGAUUCAAAGCAGUGCAUCGACCAAUGGGUCCAGUGCAAGUAACAUCUGUAUUGUCAGUACAGCAUCUACGGUAUGUUUAAAGAAAAAUAGCUCUAAACUAGCAUGGAGGGCGGCAUACUGUAUAUAAUGAUGUCAUUAUUUGUUGGGGAAAAGAUUUGUACAAUCUUUUCAAAUGCGCUCUCAUGCCGUUUCCUCUUUUUGUUUUCUUUUGUUUAAUAUCAAGCUAAAUGCUAGAGCGCUUCAGAAUAAACUCGAGGCUGUGCAGAGAAGGAGGACCCUCCCCAGUAGGAUUGGGUUAACUACGGUUGAUAUGAACAGUUUGGCAGUGUUAAUUUGCAUUUGGCAGGAUGAAACUACCCAAAACUGAAUAAAAUACUGAACCCCCUCAGGGAAUUUGACCAAAUGAGUGAGGGAAACUGUCCUUUUAUGAAAGUCACUGAUAAAUAAUGACAGUAUUAAAACAAAAUGUCAAGAUUUCAUGAAUAUUUAGAUUCUCUAUUUCUCUACUAUUGUAACGAGAAAAAUGUUCGGGGCACUUACCUAUAUACAGGUUGGUGAGUUUUUUAGGUUGUGAUCAUUUGGCCUCUUCGCCAUUUCAUACCUUAAUAGUUUUGUGCGUCUUGGCACCUGAAGUUUUUGCUUUGGGGUUCGGUCACCGAAGGACAUUUCAUGCUGGCUAUCCCGCCGUUCAUGCUUGCUUUAACAACAUUUAAACUAACAAUAGUAUUUAAAGUACCUUUUUAUAGUCAUCUACUAGUCUACAGUAAGGAAAUGUAUUGUUAUCACUCCAGGAAAUGUCUACAAGCCAAAUGUGACUCAGGGUUGUUUUGGUUUAAUUAGGGGUCCAGAUCUGUCCGGUUAUUUAAGAGACAACUGGCCCAAAUUGGAGUCGAUCAAAAUUAGGGAACGGAUACAAUGAUAACUCCUCUGAAAAUAAAACAUUGAAGUCCCUUAAAUAUCUCAGCAUUUUAUGAAUAUAGUUCAUGAAAAUGAUAAACAUGCCAUGGUUUUAGUACACGGGUACAGAAUAGAAAAAGGUUACACAAUGGCAACACCUGAGUAUGAAAUGGGGUACGACUUGGCGAAGGGGCGAAUUGAUGUGGAACCGGAGCUCAUCACUCAGUCUGUUUCAUGGUCUCUGCUGGAGCUUUUUCUCUUUCUAUAGUUGGAACCAUUUGGCUGUAAUGACCCUGGUUCUAUCAUGUUGUGUUUUUGUUAUCAAAAACUCAAAAGAGUUUUGUGUUUUGAAAUGUGUUUGGAGUAUUUGUUUAUUAAGGAAACAAAGUUAAAGAUAUAUGCCAGUGGUUUCUAACUAAGGUGUAGCUGAUUCCAGAGCGCCAGCAGCUGCUAUGAGGAUAGUUAGCUUAGCUUAAUCUGUCAUAAAAGUUAACAAACUGGGUUUGAAAGUGUAAAAACAGGCAGGAAAACACCAUAUUUUUAGCUUUGUUCUAACCGAACCCUUUUGUUCUAAGCUAAAAAUGACUCCAGAUACUUGGACUUUCUUGCUCUGAGUGUACUGAUAAAAAACAAAUAGCCAGUCUAUUUUUGUCAUCUACAAAUACCCUAGAUAUCUUUUUAAAACAUUUUUAGUACUGCUAGGCAGACUUAUGUCCCACAGGAUAGAUAGUACACCUUGAUCUUGUACUUGUUGGGUUUUUUUUUUUUUUUUUUGGAAAGUGUUCUAAAUGUUUUGGAGACCUUCACUUUAGCUCUUGCCACACAGACUGGAGGAAAUUCUCGCCACCUCUGGUUGGGUGUUGGUGUUUUAUCGGACCUCCAGGUUCAGGGUGGAUGUAUUUUCACCCGCUGGAGACUAGAUUAGUGCUGGGGAGGAAAAGCUGAAAAAUAUUUCAGUGUUUAGGUCGGAUUAUUAUGGAGAUCACUAACAAACUGUACCGUUGAACAAGACCAAUGUAUGUAAAUACUUUAAAACACUAACGUGAAAGACGACUGUUGCAUGCAGACCAGUUGAGGUCACUGAGGAACUGUUGCUUAGGAAACAUUUUACUGACUGGUGGUGACAUUGUUUUGCAGCUCUGCUGUUAACUACUAAGCUGACAUUUAAACAACUCAUCUGAGAUCAGUACAGCUCAUUCCAUGGCAUGAAGCUCAUCUCUGUGUACUAACUAUCAAGACCUUCACCUUAUGCCACGAUGCAUGGACAGCAUUGGUUGCAGCCAGUCACAUGGCUCUUGAACCCUUUUAGGAUCUCAAAUAACUGAACCAGUUAAAAUGGAAAGUCGGCUGCCAAAUGGCUCCAUGUGCAGCGUUUAAGACAUAUUGGUGCAGCGUUUUCUGCACAUUUUACAUGGGAUCCCAUGAAUAUGAAUCCUAAUAAAACUGUUUAAACCAUAAUAAUGUAUUUUUUAAGGAGCAAAGCUUUCAAAACUUGCAAAUCACUGUAAACCCACUUGUGUUUCACCUAGAAAUGUGUUUUUGUAAGCUAGUGGAACUGAAGGUUGGGUCUAGAAGCCUGCCUUUAACAUUUAGACCUUUUUAAUUGGAAAAUGGAAAUAGAGUUAUAUCUGUUUGGAUGGAUGUACUUUAUAGGCAUGAUUGCAGGUGCACGUCACGAGUGCCGUCCUGACUAUAGAUCAGAACUGUUAAUGCGCUGACCUGAUUUGGAAGGUUUGGAAUCUUUCAUCUGAAGUCACGACAGAGUGGUGUCUUACCAAAUGCAGUCCAAAGAUCCUGCUUUGUUCUGGCUUUUCACUUCACACAAACCUGACAUCUAUGUCAGACGGUUAAAGAUACCUGACCGGUUGUGAAGCCCCACUGCAGUUCGUUUUGGGCUAACACAAGAAGGUGAAUCAAAAUAGUAUAUUUCAUUGUCAGCUCAGAUGCCAGACAGCAGGUAUUUGUAGAAGGUAACAUCAAUGAAUACUAGGUGUUCACAUUAUGGGCUUUUCAACUAUAGACUGCCAGAAAGUGACGACUUGCAGAGCAUCUGUAGAUACUUAAACCAGGGUAAUUCAAAAAGCUGUAAAACCUUGUGUGCACUUUUUGGGCAUUUUAAUCUUUGUUUUCUCUUUUGUACAUACUACCUGCAUUUAAGAUGUUUGGGUGGACAUGUCUGGUUAUAGUGCAAUAUAUUUUGUAUGCAAGCAGUUUCAAUAAAUAAAGUUUGACCUUC